CUUCAGUCUUGCACAGGUGUACCAGCUCCUCCCCUCCAGUCUUGCACAGGUGUACCAGCUCCUCCCCUCCAGUCUUGCACAGGUGUACCGGCUCCUCCCCUCCAGUCUUGCACAGGUGUAUCGGCUCCUCCCCUCCAGUCUUGCACAGGUGUACCGGCUCCUCCCUUCCAGUCUUGCACAGGUGUACCAGCUCCUCCCCUCAAGUCUUGCACAGGUGUACCGGCUCCUCCCUUCCAGUUUUGCUCAGAUGUACUGGCUCCUCCCCUGCCGUGGUUGGGAAUUGAACCAACACCCCUAGUGCUGCCAGGCGGAAGUGCUAACUAU